AUAACCUAAUUUGAUGUUUCAUAGGCUUUUCCUUAAUUCAUCCUUAUAAUCCAAGAUAUUUGCUUAUCCAAGCUUCUGCUGGCCUGUUUAGCUUGGAUAAGUGAGACUCUACUGUAAAUAGCGGUGCCAAUUUCUUCCGGAGGGAUUUGCUAGCGUCGGUGUAGCCAGAAGUCACAUCAUUGUGCUGCAUCUGGAAUUGGCUUUUUUUUUUCUUCCUCUUCUUUUCCUUUUUGCCCUCCUUUUGCCUGAUCCUCUAUCUAAGGAUGCUCUGAAUAUUUAUUCCGACAGCUUCCUAGCCAGCCUGCAGUAUUAUUGACUGCAUUGCAGGCAACCAACCUCCUUUCCUCUCAUCCGUUAUUCUCGCCCACCCUUCUUGCCUACAGACUUUAAUUAGUUUUAUCUCGACUUUAUUUUAUGCAAACCAUUUGAGCCGGAUCCCGGUAUAUUCUUUCUUCCUUUCACACACUUGUGAUGCCCUGUCUCAGCAACCGUGUCGUGUGUUUGGAACGCUGUCUUUUUGUCCAAAGAGACCCUCUUCUGUAGGAGUUUCAGAGCCGGCCAGCCUUUCUUUGCAUCUCUUCUCUCCUCUCUUCUCUCUGACUUCCCUCCUGUUCCUACCUCCCACUCCCUCCCCUUCCCCAACUCAUGUCUUAUUUUUCCUGGAGUCCUGCCUACCUUGACUCAAAGUUUCAUAGGACGAUUCAACGCCCUUAGCAAUCUGCCAGCUAUAGCAAGAGGUAUCUAAGGAGGCACAGGAGGCGCCUGAAGGUCUCUUUUUUACACUCAGUAGCAGCUCAACUGGACUGUUGCUGGAAACUCCUUUCUGACUCCAAGUCAACCCUCUGCUGCUCUUGCUGCCUCUGACUAAACUCACCCAGAGGUACCAACUACCAGGACUUCUGAUUCCUUCUUGGGCUGGGGUGGGAAUAAACCAAGGAGAAGGAGGGGGAACACCCACCAGACAAAAAAGCAGGAAUUCCCACCUGGAGGCUGCAAAAAAGUCCAGAAGUUGCGACUUCUUCCAAACUUCCAAAACACACUCCGCUCUGUGAGGUGUAUGGGACUUAACUGCUUGAAGCACUGAAUUCUUAAGGAAAAGCAUGACCACUUUACUACUAGCCUUUGUGUGUUUGCAAGUCAUCACUGCAGCCAGCUCUGUGGAAGUUUUAGAUCACGGUGCCACAUUGAGUGUGAGCAUACCCUUACGUUCCCCCUUGCGCGUCCCGCUUGGGAAAACUCUGACCAUUCCCUGUUACUACAUUGACACACUGGAGCACGUCACCACCUCCCCGUUUACUCCUCCUCUGUCCCCGAGAAUCAAGUGGAGCAAGUUGUCCGAGGGCAAAGAUGUGGUCUUGUUGGUGGCCAUGGACGGGCACGUGAGAAUCAACACUGCGUACAAGGAGGUGGUUUCUUUGCCCAACUACCCCGCCAUACCCACGGAUGCCACCCUGGAAAUCAAGACGCUUCGGUCCAACGAUACCGGGAUCUACCGCUGUGAAGUGAUCCAUGGCAUUGAGGACAGCCAGGACACAGUGGAGGUUAAAGUCAAAGGAAUCGUAUUCCAUUAUCGAGCCAUCUCCACCCGAUACACGUUGGACUUUGAGAAGGCCAAGCAGGCAUGUAUCCAGAACAGUGCGGUCAUUGCAACCCCCGAACAGCUGCAGGCUGCCUAUGAUGAUGGCUUUGACCAAUGUGACGCUGGUUGGCUGUCUGACCAGACCGUCAGGUACCCAAUGCACCAUCCGCGUGAAGGUUGUUAUGGUGACAAGGAUGAAUUUCCUGGAGUGAGAACAUAUGGCGUUCGAGAAACAGACGAGACCUAUGAUGUGUAUUGUUAUGCUGAUGAAAUGGAAGGUAAAGUCUUCUAUGCCACUUCCCCGGAGAAGUUCACCUUCCCAGAAGCUGCAGAGAAAUGCCGUAGCCUUGGGGCCCGUUUGGCCACGACGGGAGAAUUGUACCUUGCCUGGAAAGAUGGCAUGGAUGUUUGCAGCGCCGGCUGGCUGGCAGACCGCAGCGUUCGGUAUCCCAUCAACAAGGCACGGCCCACUUGCGGUGGCAACUUGGUGGGAGUUCGCACGGUGUACCUCUAUGUCAACCAGACUGGGUAUCCUUACCCGCACUCGCGCUACGAUGCCAUCUGCUAUACUGAUGGUGACUUGGGCACAAUCAUCCAUGAAAACUUCACCGAUGUGAUCAUAGACGAAUUGGGCAGUGGCUUCACCAUCCAGACAGUCACUGAUAUCGAUGUUGAGCUGGAGUUUCCACGAAACACCACGGAGGAAGAAGCCCGGGGAAGCAUCGCAACCUUGGAGCCGAUAGACUUCACAGCCACGGCCUCCGAGGGGGACGAAGGCUUCACGGCCACUCCAGACCUCUUGGCUACAAUUGGCUUUGCGAAUGAGACGGAGAAUGCGACUGAGGUAGGAAUGUGGGAGGACCUAGAAAAUGCCACUGUUUCAAUCCUGGAUCUCCUUUUCACCACUGAGACCCCGGAGGUGAGCUCAGUAGAAGAGACCUUGUGGGCGACCGAAACACCAGGACCGGAGUCUGCCUUGCCAUUCACCGUGGAAGAACAGAUCGUGCCCGGGACAGCUGCUCCUGACAUUGGCCUCAUCCCCAGCCAGCCCAUUUCGCCCACAGGUGUUAUCUUUCAUUACCGACCAUCCACGAACAGAUACUCCCUGACCUUUGUCAAAGCGCAGCAGGCUUGCCUGGAUAACCAUGCGGUCAUUGCCACUCCUGAACAACUACAGGCCGCCUAUGAAGACGGCUAUGACCAAUGUGAUGCUGGCUGGCUGAGGGAUCAGACGGUCAGGUACCCCAUUGUGUUUCCCCGAAGCAAAUGUGAAGGUGACAAGGAAGAUAUCCCGGGGGUGCGGACAUAUGGUAUGCGCCCCGCAUCGGAGAUGUUUGAUGUCUACUGCUAUAUUGAUAAACUGAAUGGUGAGGUCUUCUUUGCAACCCAGCUGGAGCAGUUUACCUUGCUGGAAGCCCAAGAAUACUGUGAGAGCCAGAAUGCCACUCUGGCUUCUGCUGGACAACUUUAUGCUGCCUGGAAACUGGGCCUGGACAACUGCCGUGCCGGCUGGCUGGCUGACGGCAGCCUCCGAUACCCCAUCACCAACCCGCGUCCUGGAUGCGGUGGGGACAAACCUGGAGUGAGGACCAUCUACUUGUACCACAAUCAGACAGGGUUCCCUGACCCACAGUCAAAACACCAUGCCUUUUGUUUUAAAGCUCUGCCAUCCCUGUAUGAAGAGAUAGAAGAGGAUCUCAUUUCAGCUCAGCUAGUCCCUGGAGUUGAGGAAGUCCCUUCUGGGGAAGAAACAACCAUGGAAAUAGAGUUUGCCACUGACGGUGAAAAUCAGACUGAGUGGGGAACAGAAGUAUUUCCAACAAAUAUGUCAUUGCUAACAGUGAGUCCAUCGGCUGUUCCUACUAUUGAUGCAACACCUGAAGAAACAAGUGCAGAAGCUCCAAUAACAGAGACAUCUGUUUCUGGAUGGACAUCCGGAGUGCCAGAUAUAAGCGGAGUUCCUGAACUUAGUGGAGAACCUUCAGGAUUUGGGGAAAGUGGAUUUCCUUCUGGAAUCCCAGAUUUAAGUGGACUUCCUUCUGGAGAGAGUGGAGAUAUAAGUGGCCUUUCUUCUGGCAUUAUUGAAGUUAUCUUAUCUUCUGGUGAUGAAGAACUAUCAGGAAUUGGCCCAGAAAUACACAAACGGGUCCCUGGACUUCAAGAAGGCAAAGGGAUUCCAGAAAUCAGUGGGUUGCCUUCUGGAAUUAGUGGAGAAGGUUCUGGCAUUGAUCUUUUCAGUGGUUUGCCAUCCGGAGAAUAUGAUUACAGUGGUCUGACGUCUGGAUUCCCUACUGUGUCUCUUGUGAAUGCCACUUUGGUGGAAGUUGUAACCACAGCAACAGAAAGAGAAAUGGAAGGCAAAGGGACAAUUGGAGUCAGUGGAGAUGGAGAUUUUUCGGGCUUUCCCUCUGCCGAGUGGGACAUUAGUGGAUUGCCCUCAGGAGUAGAUGUCAGUGAAAUCCCUGACAUCAGUGGGCUGUCUUCUGGACUUGAUAUCAGUGGGGAGCUACCUGAUAUCAGUGGAUUAUCAUCGGGACUUGAUAUCAGUGGACAAUCCUCUGGUCUACCAGACAGCAGUGGGUUAUCCUCAGGAAUUGACUUCAGUGGAGCACCUUUUGGGAUACCUGACAUAAGUGGAUUUGUGGACUUAAGUGGCCAAGGUUCUGGUACUGGUGAAAGUGGUGAAACUUCAGGGGUUACUUUCAUAGAUGCUAAUUUAUUUGAAGUGACAACGACUUCUUCAACUAAAGAAGAAGAAGGGAAGGGAUUUGUAGAAAUAAGUGGAUUGUCUUCCGGAGAUGAAGAUCAAUCAGGCACAGUGUCUGGAAUUUGGGACAUGAGUGGUCAGCCUUCUGGACAAAUAGAUUACAGUGGAUGGAUUUCAGAAGUCCAUGAAGGCAGUGGAACUCCAAGUGGACUAACGGACAUGAGUGGAGAAAGUUCUGGUGUGAGCCUCACCAGUGGUUUGCCAUCUGGAAUUUAUGAUUAUAGUGGGCUCUCAUCUGGGUUUCCUACAAUCUCUCUUGUGGAUACAACUUUGGUGGAAGUUGUAACACAGCCAUCUGUUGCCCAAGAACUAGGAGAAGGGACAUCUGGGAUAUUAGAAGUCAGUGGUUUCCCUUCAGGAGAGAGGGAAACAUCUGGAGAAAUAUACGGUGUGACAACAGCUAGUGGAUUACCAUCAGGGACAUUUGACAUCAGUGGAACAUCAUCAGGUGUUCCAUAUUUUAGUGGAGAAAUUGCUGUUGUCACUGAUAUAAGUGGAGAGUCUUCAACUGUAGGUGGUACUAGUGGUGAUGUUUCUGGACUCCCAGAAAUCACCUUAAUGACUUCGGAUCUGGUAGAAGCUGUAACAAGUCCAGCAGUUUCACAGGAACUGGGUGGAGGAACAGAGGCCACACAUUUUCACUUUACUGACUCGAGUGGAGAAGCCUCCACAGCUGGUGGAGAGACUUCUGCAUAUCCGGAAAGUACCCUAAAAUCCCCCGAGUAUCAUGAUAUUAGUGGUGAAACUUCGACAUUCCAUGAAUCUGUUGAAACCUCGACUAUUCAUGAACUGAGUGGUGAAACAUCAGCCUUGCCAGAAAGUCACCUAGAAGUGUCAACUAUUUAUGAAGCAGAUAGUGAAACCUCUGCAUUGCCUGAAAGCUACUCAGAAGCAUCUGGGGUAACUUCUGUCAGUGGCUUGCCCUCUGGGGAAUUUGAAGAGAGGAGCCAGAUCCAUGGAGAUAGUUCGGGGCCACCUCCUCAUCCAGUUUCAGAUGGUCCAGAGAAAGACCUGUUGCCAGAUGCUGAGUUAACUGAACACACCAAGGAUCUAACAGAGGCUUAUGAGCAUGUGAUGCAAGAAUCAGAAAGAGAAGAUGCCUCUAUUUCAGAGACUUCACCAAUGCCUCCUGCCGGCACAGAUGCCCUGCCUGAAAUUUCAUCAGAUGUUUCAUCAGAUGAAACAAAGCCAAUUACACAAGUUACAUCCAAGACAUGUGAAGAAAAGCCAUGUGGAGUUGGAACUUGCCAGGAACAAGAAGGGAUCAUCACUUGCUUGUGCCCACCUGGAUAUAUGGGUGAGCACUGUGACAUAGACAUCGAUGAGUGCCACUCCAGACCCUGUCUGAAUGGAGCUACCUGCGUCGAUGGCAUCCACAAUUUCACAUGCUUAUGCCUUCCCAGCUACGGAGGGGAUCUCUGUGACAUUGACCUGGCCGAAUGUGAAGUGGGUUGGACCAAAUUCCAAGGCAACUGUUACAAGCAUUUUGAAGAAAAGCACACCUGGGUGGAUGCGGAGAACUUGUGCCGAGAACACCAGUCCCACUUGAGCAGUAUCAUCACUCCCGAAGAGCAAGAGUUUGUAAACAACAAUGCACAGGACUACCAAUGGAUUGGCCUGAGUGACAGAGCUGUUGAAGAUGAUUUCCGCUGGUCUGAUGGUCACUCCCUUCAAUAUGAAAACUGGCGGCCCAACCAGCCCGACAACUUCUUUGCCAAAGGAGAAGAUUGUGUCGUAAUGAUUUGGCAUGAGAAGGGCGAGUGGAAUGAUGUCCCAUGUAACUAUCACCUUCCGUUCACAUGCAAGAAAGGAACAGUUGUUUGCAGAGAUCCCCCCAUGGUUGAGAAUGCCAGGCACUUUGGCAAGAAGAAAGACCGCUAUGAGAUCAAUUCCAUGGUGCGAUACCAAUGCAAUCAAGGCUACGUACAGCGCCACGUGCCCACCGUUCGGUGUCAACCCAAUGGGCACUGGGAAGAGCCACGGAUAGCCUGUAUAGAUCCCUCCACCUAUAAACGCAGACUACACAAGCGAAGCCCACGGACUCGAUCAAGGACCAAUGGCGGAAUGGCACAGAGCACCACCCAUUAAAGGAAGGAGAGCAAGAGAUAAGAAAGAGAGAACGAGAGAAUGAGAGAGAGAGAGAGAGAGAGACAGAGAGAGAGAUUUUAUGGAACAGUUAUAUUCACAGACGCUUGUUGCUUUUUGUUGUUGUUAUAUAAGGAAAAAUAUAUUAAAGAAACAAAUCCACCUUGUGUAUAUGUAAAAAAAACAAAGCAAAAAAGAGGGAAGGGGGAAAAAAGACAGCAAAGCAAAAGUCAUUGGGAUGCCAGCAUUUUAUGUGAUUUUCUACUAAGUGCCUGAAUCCAAAUAUCUUUGUGCCUUGGGAGGGGAGGGGAUGGGGAGGGGGAGGGCCACAGGAGGGCGAGGGUUAAGUUAAAUAAUAAAAGCAGAGUGUUAUUUUUGGGCGUUGUGGGGGUGGAAGGGAGUGACCUGAUAUUAUUCAUAAGCAAUGUAAUUAUUUAAUUCCCAGGGUGGACAAGACUCUUCUCCUUCUUCCUCUUCUUUUCCAUAGAGUGGUUUCCCCUCUCUCCUUCUUUCCAGAGAAGCAAGGCAUACCGGGAAUUCAAGAGCAGGGCACCUGGGGAGGAGUGGCAUGUGUAAUACAGAAGUGUUUAGAGCAGUGGUUCCCAACCUGUGGGUCCCCAGAUCAAUCACGUUUUAUUGAUUAGCCCAUCGGCCGUAUCAAAACAUUUAACACAUAGACAUACAUACAUCAUACAACCAGCAGUACAAAAGAAGUUAAAAUAAACAAACUGUUAACAAUAUGUGUUGUCGAAGGCGUUCAUGGCCGGGAUCACAGGGUUGUUGUAUGUUUUUCGGGCUGUAUGGCCAUGUUCCAGAAGCAUUCUCUCCUGACGUUUCGCCCACAUCUAUGGCAGGCAUCCUCAGAGGUUGUGAGGUAUUUGGAGAAACUCAGCAAGGAAGGUUUAUAUAUAUCUUUGGAAAGUCCAAGGUGAGGGAAGAACUCUUGUCAGAUGGAGGCCAGUGUGAAUGUUGCAGUUAAUCACCCUAUUUUGCAUUGAAUGGCUUCAUCUACUGGUUCUUCCCUCACCCUGGACUUUCCACAGAUAUACAGUAGAGUCUCACUUAUCCAACAUAAACAGGCUAGCAGAACAUUGGAUAAGCGAAUAUUUAUUUAUUUAUUUAUUUAUUUCCAACAUUUAUAUCCCGCCCUCCUCACCCGAAGGGACUCAGGGCGGCGUACAAAAUUGGCAACAAUUCAAUGCCUACACAUAAUUAAAACAGCAAUAAAAAUCCAAUAAAACAAUUAAAACAAUAUAAAGAUAUAAAACAUAUGAUUAAAAUCCAUUCUUCCAAAAUCCUCGUGCUGUAGCCGUAAAUCAGUCCGGGUCGUCUUUAUCAUUUAAUCUUCGAAAGCCUGGGCACAUAGCCAUGUUUUCAGGGCUUUUCUAAAACUCAAAAGGGUUGGGGCUUGCCGUAUUUCUCUGAGGAGGGUGUUCCACAGCCGGGAUAUGUUGGAUAAUGAGAUUAAGAAAAAACCUAUUAAACAUCAAAUUAGGUUAUGAUUUUACAAAUUAAGCACCAAAACAUCAUGAUAUACAACAAAUUUGACAGAAAAAGUAGUUCAGUACUCGGUAAUGCUAUGUAGUAAUUACUGUAUUUACGAAUUUAGCACCAAAAUAUCAUGAUGUAUUGAAAACAUUGACUACAAAAAUGUGGUGGAUAAUCCAGAACGUUGGAUAAGUGAGUGUUGGAUAAGUGAGACUCUACUGUAUAUAAACCUUCCUUGCUGAGUUCCUCCAUACCUCACAACCUCUGAGGAUGCCUGCCAUAGAUGCGGGCCAAACGUCAGGAGAGAAUGCUUCUGGAACAUGGCCAUACAGCCCGAAAAACAUACAACAACCCUGUUAGCAAGAUCCCAUUCAGGUCACAUAUUUGCAUCACCUCUACAGUUUACCCCAAUCGACUCCACAUAUGCAAUUCUCAGCCGUGUUGCCUUGAAUAGGAAAAGGGCCAUUUUGGGUGUUAUUUUAGGAUUCUUGGGUCCCCAGAUGUUUUGGCCUUCAACUCCCAGAAAUCCUAACAUCCGGUAAACUGGCUGGGAUUUCUAGGAGUUGUAGAACAUCUGGAGACGCCCAGGUUGAGAACCGCUGGUUUAGAGGGAAAGUGGUAGAACCUAAGCCAAGUUGUUUCAGUGGGUGGCACGUCCACUCUCCCCACGAGGUGGGACAAACAGAGCUUUGCUUUUUUUAAAUCUGUCUAAUUCCUUUGAAUAAAUGCAAAAUGCAAAGGAAUGUGUGGAGGCCGAAAUGAACGAGGACAUGAGCCCAGCCAAAGUGGCAAGUCGAUAAGACGGAAAAGCCGAGCUAAAGGUGCCACCUUUUUUGUCUAUCUAUCCCCUCCUUUUUUUGCCCCCUCGACAACCACCACAACCACCAUUUUGGAGAGGUGGAAGGGUCUUUUAAGAUACAGUAGAGUCUCACUUAUCCAAGCUAAAUGGGCCAGCAGAAGCUUGGAUAAGCGAAUAUCUUGGAUAAUCAGGCGGGAUUAAGGAAAAGCCUAUUAAACAUCAAAUUAGGUUAUGAUUUUACAAAUUAAUCACCAAUACAUCAUGCUUUACAACAAAUUUGACAGAAAUAGUAGUUCAAUACGCAGUAGUGUUAUGUUGUAAUUACUGUAUUUAUGAAUUUAGCACCAAAAUAUCACGAUAUAUUGAAAACAUUGACUACAAAAAUGGCUUGGAUCAUCCAGAAACUUGGAUAAGCGAGGCUUGGAUAAGUGAGCCUCUACUGUAUAUGAAGACAUGGGCAAGAAAUUGACCCAUGGCGUGAGAAGGAAUACUCUGAUGUAAGCACAUCAGCUUCCCAAAUAGUUUGGAAUUGCUCUCAUGGAGAGCCAACCCAGAAGCCCUUAAAUGCAACACACCAGAAGAAUUCAGAAAUCUAUAUAACCAUGACAGUACAGUGCUUGGAAAGCUUAUUUUAACAAGUAAUGUUAGUUCAAAUCAUUAAUAUCCACGAGUGGGAGCAAUGCUCCUUCGUGUGCAAUUCAUAGCAUUGCAUUUGAAUGCCUCAUGAGUAUGCAAUCUGCACAAUGCACAUUGAUGCAUAUUGGGCACUGAUGCACAUUCCACAAUGUGGGCAUUUUGCUGGUUGUGCUGUGUAAUACACCUGCAACAGCACUCUACCGGAUAUGGCCAUUACGCAACUGUUUAAUUCCAAUUGUUGGAGGCCUGAGGCCAUUUAUGAAGACCAAACAGGAUUUCAUGAAAUAUUAUUAAAGUGAGUAAGGUAAAGGUAAAAGUUUCCCCUGACGUUAAGUCCAGUCAUGUCUGACUCUGGGGGUUGGUGCUCAUCUCCAUUUCUAAGCCGAAGAGCCGGCGUUGUCUGUAGACACCUCCAAGGUCAUGUGGCCGGCAUGACUUCAUGAAGCGCCAUUACCUUCCCGCCGGAGCGGUACCUAUUGAUCUACUCACAUUGGGAUGUUUUCAAACUGCUAGGUUGGCAGAAGCUGGAGCUAACAGCGGCCACUCACGCCGCUCCCGGGAUUUGAACCUGGGACCUUUCAGUCCGCAAGUUCAUCAGCUCAGUGCUUUAACACAUUUCGCCAGCUGGGGCUCCUUAUUAAAGUGAGUGCUUUCUAGUUAUUAAAAUGAUAGGAGCCCCCAGUGACGCAGUGGGUUAAACCCUGCUCUACUCAGGCGGGAAGGUAACGGCCCGGGCUGUGGCGCAGGCUGGUGAGCAGCCGGCUGCAGCCAGCUGCAACAAAUCACUAUGACCAAGAGGUCAUGAGUUCGAGGCCAGCUUGGAGCCUGCGUUUGUCUUUGUCUUUGUCCUAUGUUAAGGCAUUGAAUGCUUGCCUUAUAUGUGUAAUGUGAUCCGCCCUGAGUCUCCUUCAGGGUGAGAAGAGCAGAAUAUAAAUACUAGGCUUGUCCGAUCGAUGAAAAAAAUGUUUCAAUUUUCGUUUCUAAAGUAGGGGGCGCUGGCGCUUCGAUAUAGAAAGUAUUUCCGAUUUUUUUCACCCAAAAUUUCGGAUAUUUCCGAAAAUUCGUAAUGAUUCUAAAUGUUUCUAAAAUGGGGCGCGCAUGCGCAAUCGCUACACACUGGGCUUGUAUGGCAAUCUUCCAUGUGGACGCAGAGGACGUUAGCCCCCACCUUUGCGUCCAUCGUGGAAGCUUCUGAUUGGCUGGGGAGCGGCAGCCAUGUUAGGCUGUGCUAAGCUCCCAUUCAAGGUAGGUUGCAGAAACAAAAAAUUUUUAAAAAAAUAUUUUUUAAAAUAUAUUUAAAUUUUUUUUUUGGGGGGGGGGGGAAUUUACGAAACAUUAAGAGACAAUUAGAGAAUGAGCCAACAAUGGUUCGAAUUACAUUGCUGGUUGCGCUGUGAGACAAUGUCUCGGAAUGCAUAUCAAAAAGCGAGAACAAUCCGAAAUAAUUCCGAUAUACGAUUCAAAACGAUUUUUUGGACAUGUCUAAUAAAUACUGUAAAUAAAUAAAUAAAUAAAUAAAUAAAAUAACGGCGCUCUAUGCAGUCAUGUCAGUGGCCACAUGACCUUGGAGGUGUCUACGGACAAUGCCGGCUCUUCGACUUAGAAAUGGAGAUGAGCGCCAACCCCCAGAAUCAGACACGACUGGACUUAACGUCAGGGGAAACCUUUACCUUUACCUUACCCAUCUCCAAGGUAUAAGCAAAUGCAGACAGACCCUGAAAUCCAAAACAGAUGAUACUCAACCUGUAUGCCAUUUCCCAGGAAGAAGUCCCACUGCUCCCAGUGCGGUUUCCUUCCCGGUAGAUCAACAUCAGAAGCUAGCAUCAACCAUAAAAGGGCUGCUCCAUCUUGAAUUCUUGUGGCUGAAGCAUUGGUUCCGGCACCGUUGGCUUGUUCCUUUGGCUGUGUUUCUCUUCCAUUUCCCAGCACUGUGGGCCUGUUCCAUCCGGUAUUUUCUUCCCUGCAGGCAUCUUAAAGAUGUGAAUGGGGAACAAGGGCUGUUUCCUUUCCCUGUCCCACCGGACACAUGGAGAGACCGCUCCCAUCCCGAGACGGCACUUGCGCUCUCUCUCUCGCUCUCUCAAAGGGGGACCGUGCAGGACACCCAGGUUCCCUGCACCUAUUUAUGUAUAUUUUUAAAUAUAUUGAUAAUUAUUGCAAACAGAGAACAAAAAAUGACAAUUUUUACAAUAAUUUAAAUGGACUCGCCAACAUCUCUGGGAUGCUGGAAGGGGCCUGUCUUCUGGCAUGUGUUCUGUCUCACUUGGGGAAAGGGAACGAGCCGCGGGAUGGAAAAACGGGCCUGGCUUUUCUGUUUAGAGAAAGAAGAAAUAGUUCCCUAACCAGAGCUCUUGUUCUUUCCUUUUUUCUGUUUUUUUUCCUUCUUCUUCCUUUUUCUUCUUUUUUGUAACUCUUGUGCAUUAAAUGCAAGAACUCAAAACGAAAACAACCGUGCCAGCUGUUGUUGUCAGCGCUGUUGUGAACUUUGUAAAAUAAAACUUGUUGUAUUUUA